CUGCGCGCAUCCUCGCCUGGGUCCUGGGGGGCCACCUGCUGGGACUGUGGGCCGGCGGCCACGCGGCGGACGCCCCGCACCCCCGGCUGCGCCUGUCACAUAGAGAGCUCCUGGAACUGAACAGGACGUCGAUAUUUCACAGCCCGUUUGGAUUUCUCGACCUGCAGGCGAUGCUGCUGGACGACUAUCAGGAGCGACUCUUCGUGGGCGGCAGGGACCUCCUGUAUUCCCUCAGCUUGGAGCGGCUCAGCGACGGCUACAGGGAGAUACACUGGCCGAGUGCAGCACCAAAAAUAGAGGAAUGCGUAAUGAAGGGAAAAGACGCAAGUGAGUGUGCAAAUUACAUUCGAGUUUUGCACCACUAUAACAGGACCCACCUUCUGGCCUGCGGGACGGGAGCCUUCGACCCCCUGUGUGCCUUCAUCAGAGUCGGAUACCACUCGAAGGACCCCCGGUUUCACCUGGAAUCGCACCGGUCUGAGCGAGGAAGGGGCAGGUGCCCGUUCGACCCCAGCUCCUCCUUCACCUCCACUCUGAUUGGCAGCGAGUUGUUUGCGGGACUCUACAGUGACUACUGGGGCAGAGACGCGGCCCUCUUCCGGAGCCCGGGCCAGCUGGCCCCGAUCCGCACCGAGCCGGACAACGAGCGCCUGCUGAAAGAACCAAAAUUUGUAGGGUCCUAUAUGAUUCCCGACAACGAAGACCGAGACGACAACAAAGCAUAUUUCUUUUUUACUGAGAAGGCCCUGGAGGCGGAACACGGAGCGCACGCGAUUUACGCCCGCGUGGGACGCCUCUGCGUGAAUGACGUGGGUGGGCAGAGGAUCCUGGUGAACAAGUGGAGCACCUUCCUGAAGGCGAGACUGGUUUGCUCGGUGCCGGGAGUGAAUGGGAUUGACACGCACUUUGAUGAACUCGAGGAUGUGUUUUUGCUGCAGACCAGAGAUCAUAAAAACCCAGUGAUAUUUGGACUCUUUAACACUACCAGUAAUAUAUUUAGGGGGCAUGCGAUCUGUGUCUAUCACAUGUCCAGCAUCCGGGAAGCCUUUAAUGGGCCAUACGCCCACAAGGAAGGACCUGAGUACCACUGGUCACUCUACGAAGGAAGAGUCCCUUAUCCAAGACCUGGCUCUUGUGCCAGCAAGGUGAACGGAGGGCGGUAUGCGAGCACCAAAGACUACCCCGAUGACGCCGUCCGCUUUACCAGGGGCCAUCCUCUCAUGUACCAGCCCAUAAAACCUGCCCACAAGAAACCCAUAUUGGUCAAAACAGACGGGAAAUAUAACCUGAAGCAGAUCGCGGUGGAUCGCGUGGAAGCGGAGGACGGCCAGUACGACGUCUUGUUUAUCGGGACAGACAAUGGAAUUGUACUGAAAGUCAUCACAAUUUACAACCAAGAAACAGAGUCCAUGGAAGAAGUCAUUCUAGAAGAACUCCAGAUAUUCAAGGAUCCCGUUCCUAUUAUUUCUAUGGAGAUUUCCUCUAAGAGACAACAGCUGUACGUGGGAGCCGCUUCUGCCGUGGCUCAAGUCAGAUUCCAUCACUGUGGCAUGUACGGGAGCGCGUGUGCCGACUGCUGCCUGGCUCGGGACCCGUACUGCGCCUGGGACGGCAUAGCCUGCUCCCGGUACUACCCGACGGGCACCCACGCGAAAAGGAGGUUCCGGCGCCAGGACGUGCGGCACGGCAACGCGGCUCAGCAGUGCUUUGGACAGCAGUUCGUGGGGGACGCGCUGGGCCGGACGGAAGAGCGCCUGGCCUACGGCGUAGAGAACAACAGCACCUUGCUGGAAUGCACGCCGCGGUCUCCGCAGGUGAAAGUCGUCUGGCUCGUGCAGAGAGGGCGCGAGGCGAGGAAGGAGGAGGUGCAGGCGGACGACCGAGUGCUCAAGGUGGACCUGGGCUUGCUCUUCCUGCGGCUGCACAGAUCCGACGCGGGCACCUACUUCUGCCAGACCGUGGAGCACGGCUUCGUGCACGCGAUCCGGAGCAUCAGCCUGGAGGUGCUGGCCGAGGAGCGGGUGCAAGGCAUGGUCAGCAAGGACCCUGGGGAGCGCGGGCCUGCCAGGGCGCCCUGCCCCGCGCACGCCGGUGGCCCGCCGGGGGCCAGGCCCUGGUACAAGGAGUUCCUACAACUGAUCGGCUACAGCAACUUCCAGCGAGUGGAGGAGUACUGUGAAAAGGUGUGGUGCACGGACAAGAGGAGGAAGCGGCUGAAGCUGGCCCCCUCCAAGUGGAAGUACGCCAGCCCCCAGGAGAAGAGGCCACGCCCCAAGACGGAGCACUACCGCCAGCCCCGGCACACGCCCGGCUCCUGAGCCCACCGGCCCGGCCCUGGCCUGGGCACAAUCUGCGAGGGGAGCGAGAAACCAGCCCACUUGCUUGCAUUUCUCCAAAGGGAUUUCGUAGUACAGAAAUGACUGAAGGUAUGAAGAUAAAUUAUUCAACACACUGGCGCGAAGGGACAAAUCCCACAUAAGACUAACCAGCUGUCUUGAACGUGUGCAUUGCUUAACGGUUUCUAUAUUAUAUUUAUCACAAAAUGACCAUAGCUGUAGUUUUAAGUACUUGGCUGCUUUUCCGUGGCGAUUAUUAUUUUAUCCUUGGAAGACUUAAGAGUAUUAGACUAUUGAAGAGAGACUAGAGAAAUUCCUAAUCAUAGAAAAUAUAAAAAUAAAUAUAUUUUAAUCUUUCUGAAUGCCUCCUUUCCGCUCUGAUGGAAGAUGACGGAAUCUCAGAUUAGCCGACGUUCCCGUGUGGACUCGCUGUACCUUUAGGAACGGCCGUCAGCCGCCCGGGCCGUGAGGUUUAAGUGGCAGGUGCACUGCGGCCGCUGUAAACCAUGAAGGAGACACAGUCAGAGGCCUGUGCCCGUUGUGAGACAUCCAGUGACCCGCGUUUGCAGAAUUCUCGUCCCGUCCCGUCUCCCUCCAGGGUGCAGAUCGGAGCUCAGGGAGCCGGUUAGAGUUCUGAGCUUGUUGCUGCCCUCUUGUGGUAGAAAAAAGUUCUCAUUCGUUUUCCUCUGCAGAUUCCACCUGCCGGGGAAAGAUGGAGUGGAUACAGUUAGCCCACUCUCAGGAGCAAGCAACCGAUGGGAGGUAGCAAUGGUUAGUCCGUGUUUCAGCAUGCAGGCAGCACGUUGCAAAUAACUUAUUACCCCGCAAGUCAAAAAUGAAGCCAUGGCAGCCCUGACGUGUACGAAAACUGACACUUUCAAGCUUUCUAAGGAAUCACCCCGAAAUGCAAAAGAUAUCCCAGAAAAGUAGUUUUUCUUUGUGGAGAGAAAAGCAUUUUGCUCUCAUAUCAAAUCCUCCUCUCCAGGAACGGUGUUUAGUGCGCUCACAGCACUCUGCCUUUCUCAUGAAUGUCACCAAAAUUUUGCAUUUUUGAAAAUGUCUAUUAAAGUCUCUCCAUCUCCUAUUUAGUUACCAGAUACCUUUCUAAAAUAUGAAAUUUUUAUAAUAUGUUUUCAUUUAAGUAAAGUGGAAGCAAUUGGAUUGCACAUGAAGACAGUUAGAAAUAUUUAUUUAGCUUUUAAUUUAAAUAUAUCAAUUUUCAAAGUUAUCUCUGUAAAGCUAUAUAACUAAGAAGUUAAAGUUUGAUAAUUUAGAAUGGCUUUCAAAUUCAUUCUAAAAGGAUUAAGUACAUAAGUUUUUAAGAAAGUUUUAAAAAUUCAGAUCAAAAGCCAAUAAAUAUGAAUACACUGAGAACAGACAUCCUAUGAAAAACCCACUUGCUGUUCACCUAAGACUCCACCAGAGGGCAAUGCUGCCCACCAAUAGCAACCAAAAAACACAGGUAUUGAGUUAUUUGGAAAAAAACUAUUUCUGUAAAACCUGUCCGAUUUGGAGAAACAGAACCAUAAGCCUAGAUCCCAGCAUCUUUAGCAAGUUCAUGUGGGAAAUACUCAAAGUGAGCAGAUAAACCAGUAAAGCACAAUUUAUCACAAACGGGCCGCCUUCGGCACGUGAGCGGGAAAGCAGGUUUUUCUGCAGCCCGGUUUUCCUUUAAGCAGAUCUGGAAGAAGUUACUUUAACCUCGGUGACGUGGGCCAGGACCACGGUGUCACUGUGGCUUUGGUAUUUGCUAACAGAGACUGUGGGCUGGAAAGAACCUUUCGGUGACGUCUUAAAAACUCAGUGCACCUGCAGGCUGGCCGCCUAAAAUGCGUAUUAACGAGAAGAGACGUUUUCCCUAAAACGCUCAGAGAGAUUCUGGGGAAAUAAACCCAGCCCGGAGGAGGCUGAUGGAAGCGCUGACUUGCCUCUGUAGUCGCUUAAAGGAACCGGGAAGGGGACGGGGAGCGGAGAGCACGCGGUUUCCCGGGUUCUUGUUUUCUCUCUGGUCCUCCCAGUGUGCAGCCCACAAAGUCCCCAGGGAAGCACAAGCCGGGGGUCCGCAGCGGGGCCGCACACGCCCGCCUGCGCUUCUGUCUCAGAUUUGAGCUCAGGAUCUGCUGGGGGAGGUGGGGUCCGGAGACUGCAGAGGCAUGCGCUGGGGGAGGGGGGCCUUCCCGGCGUGAGGCACGCAGACUGGGAGGGAGUCCACCCUGAGACACACACACAUGUGGAUCCGUGUACACACGCACAUGCACAUGCAAGCAUGCACACAUCUGUGCACACAUACUCGCACAUGCACACAUACGGGUGCACACACAUGUGGAUCCAUGUACACACACAUGUGCACACACAAGCAUGCACACAUACACAUAUACGUGUACGCACACAUGUGGAUCUGUGUGCAUGCCCACAUGCACAUACAAGCAUACAUGCAUCUGUGCGCACAUACUUGCACACACGCACAUGGGUGUACGCACAUAUGUGGGUCCGUGUACAGAUAUGUACAUACAUACACAUACGUGUACACACAUGUGGAUCCGUGUACACAUGCACUGCAGACAUGCACACACAAGCAUGCACACAUACUCUCGCGCGCACACACACAUGCGCACACUCCCCAGAUCACAGCUGACAGAAUCCCUGCACACCGGGCCAGCCUCCUGCAUCUGGGGGCUAAGGGCAGGGAACGAGAAGCCCCCUCCGCCUCCGCCCCCCGC